AUGCCUACGCCCACCCUCCCAAACAGGCUCUUCCUCUCCCUCCUCUCCCUCCUCGCACUCUACACAGCUUACUACAUCGGCACUCUCCGCCCUACACCUCUUCCCCAUGCACCAGAGUACGCCUCCACUCACCCCAACGCCGCCCGCAUACCCUUCUACGUCCCUCCUUCCCUUAUCCCUUCCUCUCCCUUACCACCUUCUUCCUCCCUCCCUCCCUGCCCCGAUCUAGCACUCAACACCAGCGCCUUCCCUAAACCGGAAAAGGGCAACCUCGUACCCCCUCUUGUGCAUACCAUCUACCAUCUCUCGGGCGACCACCCCCCGGAACUACCGUACUUCCACUACCUCGCUCUCCGAUCUGUGCUCCUCUCUCUCCGACCCAAACACAUGCUGCUGCACCACCACCACGCAUCUGCUCCACACGGGCCGUACUGGGACCUCCUAGCACCGCAUAUCACCCUCUCCCCUCUAACCCCACCACAAGAAGUGUACGGCCAUCCACUCGCCCAUUUCGCACACAAGGCCGACGUUCUCCGUCUCCAGCUGCUCAUAGCCUAUGGAGGGGUAUACGUCGACAUCGAUACCUACGUUCUGCGCUCCUUUGACCGCGCGGGAUUAUACACCCAAGACGUCGUGCUGGGGAUGGAGAUGAGCCCGGAUAGCAGGCGUACAUCACUCGAGCCCGGAGGACUGUGUAACGCCGUGAUCGUAGCGAGGAGCGAUGCACCAUUUCUGAAGCGGUGGUUAAAGAGCUACGAGACCUUUGACGGUAGUGUCUGGGCAGGACACAGUGUGGCCAAAUCAUGGGAAUUGGCACUCCUCCACCCAAGGGAACUCACGGUCCUCUCACACCGAGCGAUGUUUUACCCUCUAUGGCGAGAGGAGGACAUCGACUGGGUACAUAAACCUUCGAAAGCAGGAGCGGAGGGUGGUUGGGAGUUCUUCAAGAGUGGGCAGUUGACUUAUCAUGCGUGGGAGUCGUUGGCUAUGCAGUACCUUGGUCCCAUGACGCCUUCCUCGGUGCUGAAAGGCGAGACGAGCUUCACGAGGAUGGCGCGGGCGUUCGUAGGGCCCGAAGACGGAGCAGUAGAGAAGUUGCUCAAGGAGAGGGAGGGGAGGGGAGGGUAG